AGUCUUGCACGGAUGAUGUCAAUCCCCUGAAAGGCCCCACCUAUCAGUAUCCAUGCACUGGCUACCAAAAUUCCACCAUGAAUUUUGACAAGAACAGACCACAUCCACACCAUAGUAAUAUUCUCUUUACUCUUUCCCCAAAUGGUAGCUAGUUUGAUUUCUUUCACUAUAAACUGGUUUUUCCUGGCUUAGAAUUCCAUUGAAAACUAUAGUAAUGAAAACUAUAGUAUUACUCUUUAGUUCCUGGUUUUUUUUCCUUCUUUUAAACUUAGGUCUAGGAAAUUCAUCUAUGCUGUUCUAUAGUUGUGAUUGCUGAGUGUUCUAUUAUGUGACGUUGUCAUAGUUCAUGGUCUAUUCUUUUGUUGGAUACCAAGGCUGUUUCUAGUAUUUUUUUGUUUUUAGUUUUUACAUUUCCUAAUAUGAAUAAAGCUAAUCUGAAUAUGUGCAUACAUGUUUUAGUGUGGAUAUGUAAUGGGCUGUGGUUGGCUCACCAUAGCCAAUUUAGGGCCUUUCUUAAUUCUGGUUCAGUGAUGUCAUAUUGGUAGUUUGAAACAUCCACUGUAGGAAUCUUUAUACCACAACUGACAAAUGUUACAAAUUACAAUUGUUUUCUUUUUGAAAAGCUGGUUGUUAACAUUUACCAGCAUACCAUGUGGGUAUAUGUUUUCAUUUCUCUAGAGUAAACACUUAGAAAUGAUGUUGUUGGAUUCAUGAUUGAUUGAUUUUCAAAUUAUUUCUUGUCCUGUUUUUGCAAAGAACUUAAAGAAAGAAAUCUUAUCUUUUUAUAGAACCAACAGACUCAGCCCAUUACAUACAGGUUCUCAAAAUAACUACUAGCUCGUUUUGAAGUAAGAAAACGUGACGGUACCAUUUGGGACACAGAGUUUCUCUUAAAUUCAUCUAGUAGUCAGGGUGGCCAUCUGUUACUUAACUAUAUCCAAAGGAAAACCAAGACUCAUAUCUUAGAAGAAAGAAGGAACAACUUUGAGCUGGACACAUAGAGGAAGUUUGCAUCAGACAGGGAGAUAGGGGUGUUGUUACAUUUGAAAGAGAUGGUUUCAAGGCCUUUAGGAAAAUUUUCUGUGGUUGUAAAACUGGCAAGAGACUGCCAUACUCUUUGGGGAGGGGCAGGGUGCUGAGAAUUUAACUCAGGGCUUUGUGGUUCAUUCUCUUGUUGAGCUACAACCCUAGAACUAAGCUUUUAAGGAAGAUUUAUCUAUCUAUCUAUCUAUCUAUCUAUCUCCAAUAGACAGAGAAAAUAAAAGUUUUCUGAAGGAAAUGCUCCAAAAAAAGAAUGUAGGUACAUACACAUGUGUGUGUCUGUGCCUUUUCUUAUUCUGAUGCCUGGGUAAAUUCAGUUUAAGAAUUAUAUUCAUCCUAAAAUAUGUCCACAAAUGGCUGCCACAGGAUUGCAUUCCAGAACAACACUCCCUUCUUCACCUAGCCAGCUGUGGUCUGUCUUUCAAAUUCCUCAACCCCUUUCCUCCCUCCCUAGAGCCAGACCUCCAGCACGGAUCCGCUAAUUAGCAAAAGUUAUGACUACAGUUUCUUAGAGCUGGUAAAUACUGAACAUCAUUUAGUCUGAGUCCACCCUGUUUUAAAGACCAUCAAAUUAAGAUAUAUGAAUAGUCCUUUAAAAUGUGCUUUACACUACUGGCCAAAUUGCAUUUAAGGGUUUCUCUUGCUCAGAUCAGUCUUAAAUGGCCAGAAAAUACAAAACUGAAAUGGAGUCGUGCCUCUGACACGCACACCAAAAAAAGACAAGCUUCUUUAUUCUAUAGCACGGUUAGGGUUAAAGUCCUUAAAACGCAGUAGUCGCCCUGACUGCGCCUGCGCGCCAAUCAGGACAGGCGAAUUUGCCCUAGAGACAGCCAUUUGAGCCCACCCCUCCUAAUCCGGAACACGACCCACAUUCCGCUGGCCCUGUCUUGAUGGGCAUGAUCAUCCUCCAAUAAGAAUGGAGAGACGAGUCACAGCGAGCCAAUAGCAAAAAGCCUAGGGACGGUGGCGGUGGACUGAGAGGAAACAAGAAGACAAGCCCAAGAUGGAGGCGGUGGUGGUGGUAGCGGUGUGACAGGUGAGGGCAGGCCCGGUAGGGUUCGGGUUUUGGAGCGGCUGCGGGACCCGGGUAUGAAGUCCAGACCGAAAGCUCAGCUCCAAGAUGCUUCCGUCUGAAUCUCAGCGUUCUCCCGCCCGGAACCAAAGGAGUGGUUUGACCAGGGCGAGACCGUCGUCAUCGACCGUGGGAGUGGAUGGAGGAGUCGGCCUGCAGGCUGCAGUGGUGGUUUCGCUUGCUGCGCGUGGCAGUGCACCUGCACAGAGCUUGAAGCCCUUGGGGAGGGCGGGACGGAGCCAAAUUGGGUCUGGGGUCUGGGGCUUGGGUGCGAAAUUCCAAGGUGAAUUCUUAAACCCCUUAAAAUGUCUAAUGACGUUUCCUCACGACGUCCAGGAGAUGCAGCUCUCUCCCAUGGUUCCUUAUUGCCCUUCAUAUUCUACGCCACCUAGGAAGAUGUCUGACGAUUACCUCAUUAUCCCUAGUUCACCCUAAUCCCUUUCCAUGAUUUCACAGUGCGUUUACACCAGUAAUCUGUUUGUGACCCCCAGUAGUUAUCAGGUACAGUUUUUGGAAACCCUUCCCCCAACCUCACCUCCAUCUUCUUCAUCUGGAUACCAUUGUCUUCCUUUGCCUUUCCUCUUGAUAGUGUUUUCUGAUGAGCCAUCAUUGCCACUGCAUUUGAUUUAGUGUGUAAUGUGGUCUGUUAUCCAGCUGUUUUUCACAGUCUGUAGUGACUCUUAUUACAUCUCUCUUUAGUCUAGGGUAUGGCGAACCUCUGUGGACUCUAGAGGGUCUGGUGACCUCUAUUAGCUACCUGACAGUACCUUUGAUUCUACCAUUAGCCUUAUAGCUUAUGCUCUGGAAUACCCACAGUGCCUUUUAAGGUCAUUGGUACUGUCUUCAUUUCCUUCAAUCUAAAAACAAGGUCUGAUGAUCCUCCAUUUUCCUGUCCCCUGUCUGUGUCUGAUUACCCAUUCUCUGAAGCUAAGACAGCCUGUUUAUUUCCAUUGUGUGCCUGAGACCUGUGAUUUUUCAGUGCAGUACAUAAUGGCUUCCCCAUUAAUCUCUAGAGAGUCAUGUGUUCUGCACUGUCCAGAACCGUGUGCACUGUCUCCUCACUGCAGUGAGUCUCAGAUCUUGGUACUCAACUAUGACAUAAGCAAUAGGAGAUUCUCAGCAGAGAAGGGAGGCCUAUGGCAGCUGCCCAGUCCUACCUCAGCCCAUCUUGAAAACAAUCUUAGGCAACAUGGAACCACCACGAGGCCCUCCUGUUAGUGGGGCUGAGCCAUCUCGGGCAGUUGGCACUGUCAAAGUGUACCUGCCUAACAAGCAACGCACAGUGGUGACUGUCCGGGAAGGCAUGAGUGUCUAUGACUCUUUGGACAAGGCCCUGAAGGUGCGGGGUCUCAACCAGGACUGCUGUGUGGUCUACAGGCUCAUCAAAGGAAGAAAGACAGUCACUGCCUGGGACACAGCCAUUGCGCCUCUGGAUGGUGAGGAGCUCAUUGUGGAGGUCCUAGAAGAUGUGCCACUGACCAUGCACAAUUUUGUACGGAAGACAUUCUUCAGCCUGGCCUUCUGUGACUUCUGCCUUAAGUUUCUGUUCCAUGGAUUCCGCUGCCAGACCUGUGGCUACAAGUUCCACCAGCAUUGUUCCUCCAAGGUCCCCACCGUCUGCGUUGACAUGAGUACCAACCGCCGACAGUUCUACCACAGCAUCCAGGAUCUGUCUGGAGGCUCCAGGCAGCAGGAGGCUCCCUCAAAUCUCUCUGUGAAUGAGCUGCUAACCCCCCAGGGUCCCAGCCCCUUUACCCAGCAACGUGACCAGGAGCACUUCUCAUUCCCUGCCCCUGCCAAUCCCCCACUGCAGCGCAUCCGCUCCACAUCUACUCCUAACGUCCACAUGGUCAGCACCACAGCUCCCAUGGACUCCAGCCUCAUGCAGUUUACUGCUCAGAGCUUCAGCACCGAUGCUGCUGGUAGAGGUGGUGAUGGAGCCCCUCGGGGUAGCCCUAGCCCAGCUAGUGUGUCUUCAGGGAGGAAGUCCCCACAUUCCAAGUUACCUUCAGAACAGCGGGAGCGGAAGUCCUUGGCAGAUGAAAAGAAAAAAGUGAAGAACCUGGGGUACCGGGACUCAGGCUAUUACUGGGAGGUGCCACCCAGUGAGGUACAGCUGUUGAAGAGGAUCGGGACAGGCUCUUUUGGCACUGUGUUUCGGGGGCGUUGGCAUGGCGAUGUAGCUGUGAAAGUGCUCAAGGUGGCCCAACCUACCGCUGAGCAGGCCCAGGCCUUCAAGAAUGAGAUGCAGGUGCUCAGGAAGACACGGCAUGUCAACAUUUUGCUGUUCAUGGGUUUCAUGACUCGGCCGGGGUUUGCCAUCAUCACACAGUGGUGUGAGGGUUCCAGCCUCUACCACCACCUACAUGUGGCUGACACGCGCUUUGACAUGGUCCAGCUCAUUGAUGUGGCCCGGCAGACUGCCCAGGGCAUGGACUACCUCCACGCCAAGAACAUCAUUCAUCGAGACCUAAAGUCCAACAAUAUCUUCUUACAUGAGGGGCUCACAGUCAAGAUUGGUGACUUCGGCCUGGCCACAGUGAAGACACGGUGGAGUGGGGCACAGCCCUUAGAGCAGCCCUCAGGGUCUGUGCUAUGGAUGGCAGCUGAGGUGAUCCGUAUGCAGGACCCGAACCCCUACAGCUUCCAGUCGGAUGUCUAUGCCUAUGGUGUUGUGCUCUAUGAGCUCAUGACCGGCUCACUGCCCUACAGCCACAUUGGCAGCCGUGACCAGAUCAUCUUUAUGGUGGGCCGUGGCUAUCUGUCUCCGGACCUCAGCAAAAUCUUCAGUAAUUGCCCCAAAGCCAUGAGGCGCCUGCUGACUGACUGCCUCAAGUUCCAGCGGGAGGAGCGGCCCCUAUUUCCCCAGAUUCUGGCCACGAUCGAGCUACUGCAGCGGUCACUCCCCAAGAUUGAGCGGAGUGCCUCCGAACCCUCCUUGCACCGCACCCAGGCUGAUGAGUUGCCUGCUUGCCUUCUCAGCGCAGCCCGUCUUGUGCCUUAGACCUCACUCCCAGCCCACCAGGGAGCCAAUUUCAGCAUACCAUGCCAAGGCACACCGACCUACCAGCCAAUAACUGUUCUGCCUCUGCCUUGAUACUGCCUCAGGAUUCCCUAUCCCAUACCCUGGGAAAUUUGAGGGACCCCAAAAACUGAGGUCUCCUGCUUUCUCCAUAAUUUGGUCUCCUCUUGGGUUUGGGGAUAGUUCUAAUUUGGAGAGCUGUUUUAUCUCCAAUGGCUGUGACUCAGUGCAAGGAUUCCACUCAGAACCUCUUUCUAAAGUUUUUGCCUGAUGUGUCUUCACUGGAUUUUGGGGUUCCCAGCACCCCAUGUAGAUUUGGGGGUUUCUUUUUGUCUCCCCCACUAUUCAAGGACUCUCCUCUUUACCAAGAAGCACAGAAUUCUGCUGGG